UAUUAUUUGUUUUUCAAGUUAACCCGUGCUCACCAUGUUGACAGAUUGAAGGCUUGUGCUGCCUUCGCGGACUGUUGGAAAUACUACAAACUACUAAGGAGUCGCUGAAAAACGGGUUGUUACACCGUUUUCUAGCUUUCUACGUGAACCCAAUGUUAAAUUGUGAUCCAUGGUGAAUGUAAAUAUCACAGACACCUAAAUGUAUUUUUUUUACUAAUAGAACCAUCUUGAGUAAAAGUCGAUUGUUUUUCCCCCUCCACACACGAGGUCUCACGAACACCGCCCUCUGACAAAGCGAAAGGCAGCUGUAAACGCACCACAUAGCUUCGUUAGUCGGCUAGCUUCAAGUCUGCCGUGCGCGUGAAGUUGUUAGCUCCUCGUUAACUUGUCGCACGCUUGAAAAAUAGAUUUUAGUAUUCAAAAAAUAGCAGCCAUGGUUUUAAAAUAGUUCGGUUCUGGUCGCUGUUUUAGCCCCGCGGUGAGUGAUAAAAGUCUUCUCUGCCUCGGCCUGCUACGUUUUAGCCACAUUAGCAGCCAUAUCGGCUCCUCGGGAUUAUUAAUCUGCACAUUAACGGCGAAGUGAAAACGAAUGGCUCAUUUUUUAUGAUAACUCAGAAGUUUAAGACGCCGUUACUAACUGAGUUGGAUGUUCGGACAGGACUCGGCACGUUAUUCUCCAGUUAUGACAUUCUCCUCUCUGAGAUAAACACCUGAAGAAGAACAUGGAGCUGUACUGGUACAUAGUUGUCAUCAUAUUCAUCAUUGUUAAGAUAUUCUUCUACGUGUGCUGGUACCGGUCAAGACAGCGGCAGCUGGCGGCAUACCUGAGCAACACGCGCAAUGCCCAGAUAGUCAUUGUCGGAGGAAGGGCCUAUCUUCAUCAGAUGUGUGAGAGACAGAGUCAAACAUCUGUCUGGCCCAGUUGGUACGUUGUGCAGGACGAUCUGUCGAUAGAGGAACCAUCCACAACGGGGCCACAAGCCACUUCCUUCUCCCACAUCGACAUGCCGCCCCCAUAUGAGGCAGUGUCUGGAGAGGAUGAUCUGAAGCCGCCUCCCUACAGCGAGUGCGCCCGGGGCGACGAGGCGGACGCCUCUCAUCCCUCCCAAAACACUCUUCUCAUCUCUGAGCAGCAGAACUCCAUAGGCAACAGUGAAGCCCCGCCUCCGUACACGUUGAAUCCUCCAGCUGUGGUUGUUCAACAGGACGGUCCUCUAGGCCCCGGCGAGUCUCGGCUGGAGGACCGGUCCAGCUAAACGCUCGCUGAUGCCGCUCUGCCUUUGUUUCCAUCCACUGCCUUCUUGCAUCCAACCUCAGUGAUGCAUCCAGCCUAACCUCUCCUAGCCUGAGAGAGCCUCUUCUCUCCUGAUCGGGUGGAUGUUUGCUUUUCUAUCUGUGUUUGUCUUCACUGAUUCUUUUUUACCUUGUACUAAACUGUGCUGAACUGAUGACACGAAGAUGCCCAUGUGCCUCGCUCCAAACCACGCCUCCAGGAAGGAUCGAAACUUUUGACCCUAUACGGCCAUCGCACUAGAGGAAAUGACUCAAUUCCACUUCUGAGUGUCUGCUGAAACACUCACUUGGUUUAGUGUGAUUCAAAGUCCUAUUGUUGACUCAACGCCUUCCCUUGUACAUAGAAAUGCCUCGUUUCUGCUCUUCAGGGCUGCAGGAUGAUGCUAGAAAACAACCUCAUUUACAGAAUUCAAAUGAACAAUUCAUGAAAGAAUACUCCAUCUCUAUAGAAAUGUAUGAAUAGAAAUGUGAAACAGUGAAACUGUAAAAUAUACAUUUACAAAACAAAAAUGAAUUGAAGCUGUCAACGUUUUCCCAAAGUACAGUCCAACCAAAAAAGUGACCACAUCUUUUACGUUACAAUCUGUUACGAUCACACACGUUGAAAAAUGGUUUUGUUCAUACUUCUCUUCAAAAUGUUAUGACUGUGCUUUUUUGCUUUCUCAACUGUAAGAACCCCCCCCCCCCUUCCCCCCAUGAUGAAUCUCCUGUUUGGAUUUGAGUAUGUGUGGCGGAACCGCCUAAGACCAAACGAGAACUUGCUCCUCGAUGCAGGCCAGUGCCUUGGGUUGUCGCUCCUCUGUCGGACUAAACCAGACAAGAUUUUCCAGCACUUUGAAACGACUAUAGCAGUCAACAUUAUGAAAAUAAAAGCCAUGUACUAUGGUG